AAAGACCGACGUUAUGCUUUAUAUCUAAGACGUCCGUCCAGCAACUCGUGCAAGAAGACAACGAAUCAGUGCUAUGGCUAGCCGCCAUGGCUCCAUACCGGAAGGAGCUUCACAACCGUCUGCCACUAGACAGGCGCUCAACGAUGUCGCAUUUGGAAGUGUGGCGGGCAUGGUAGCAGAAGUGUUUGAAUACCCGCUCGAUCUCGCCAAGGUUCGCCUUCAGUCCCAGGUCCUCGACGGACAAAAGCGUUUCGGAGGACCGCUCGAUUGCCUUUCUCAGACAUGGAGGAACGAGGGUGUUUUGGGUCUGUAUCGAGGACUGACCGUGCCCAUCGUCGGGUCAAUGGCUCAAACAGCUGGGUUGUUCCUGGCGUACAGUCAACUCCAGAAUCUAGUCCGGUGGUCUACCAACUCACCGCCCUCGUCCGACCUCAACCUCACUCAGCUUGGUGUAGCCGCUGGGGGCGCCGGUCUUCUGACGAGUUUCAUCCUGACCCCGCUUGAGCUCAUCAAGUGCAAGAUGCAAGUGCAGAUGAUAUCCGCACCUCUUCUCGCACCCCAAAUCCCGUCGCCAUCAUCCACUUCUUCGACGGCACCUGGCGCUUCAAAGGGCUCACUACCGGCUGUGAGGCGCACACUGCCCGGACCCCUGGCUUUGGCGACUGGUGUCCUUAGGAAGGACGGGAUACCGGGUCUUUACACCGGCCACGUUGCAACCAUGGUCAGAGAGACGGGCGGUACAGCACUCUGGUUCGCGUCGAAAGAGUUUGUAGCUUCGACACUCCUAUCGCGACGCGAAUACAGUUCGCUUAUCCCUUCGAGCUUGGAGUCCACGAACCCCAACACUGCGCUUCUUCCCUGGGAGUCGGCACUAUCUGGUGCUGUUGCCGGAGGUGUAUGCGUUCUGGGCAUGUAUCCCGCGGACACUGUCAAAUCAGCGAUGCAGACGGCGGACGAUCUGCAUCCACCAGACAAAUUCACCCCCUCUCGGCAUCUGCCACCACGAUACUCAUUCUGGACCAUGACGAAGGCGAUGUACAAGGCCCAGGGCCUUAAGGGACUUUACGCGGGCUGUGGUAUGACCGUGGCGAGAGCGAUCCCUUCGAGUGGGAUUGUGUUUGUCGUCUACGAUGGGCUUUCCCAAUAUUUUGGCUGAUCUAAUUGCAUUUAUCCCAAUCUCCGCUUUGCCAAGUUACAUUACAUGCUCUAUUACUCUACGCAUUUUCGCUCAUCGUACGCACAUUAUUACCAUAGAUCUAGACCACAUUAUCAGAGAAUACCCAACU